AUGAGCUGCUUCGGUUGUUGUGGUGGUGAGGAUUUCCGUAGAGUUGCUGAAACAGGACCAAGGCCAGUGCACAACGCAGCAGGUUACAAUGGAGGUCACCAUCAAAGAGCAGAUCCACCAAAGAACCCGCCUGUCAUUCAGAUGCAGCCUAUCUCUGUUGCGGCCAUUCCGGCUGAUGAACUGAAGGAUGUAACCGAUAACUAUGGUUCGAAGUCCUUGAUCGGUGAGGGCUCGUAUGGAAGAGUGUUUUACGGUGAUUAUUGUCUCUUAACUUUGCAGGAAACAAAAAAAAGCCUGAAAGCACAAGUUUCAGAUUUCUGA